CUGUUGUUUAUUGGUACAGUGUAAAGACACAUAUUUGCAAAGGCGACGUCGAGAGAGAAUCAUCAUGCAGGUGCAAGGCAAGAUACAUAGCAUCAAGUACCCCAUCUUCGGCAUCGACUGGAAACGAGAUGCACAAGGAAAGCCGUUUGUUGCUAUCGCGGGAGGUGGCGGUGCGGUGAAGUCCGGAAUCAAGAACUGUGUGACGUUGGCUCGCGUGCCGCCUCCAAAGCUGACGUCCAGAGCACCGCCGUCGUUAGCUCCGUAUCUCAUCAUUGACACUGUGGAUGAUUUGGUGUCUGGCGUUGCCAUCGGUAGCAAGGGAGGUCUGAUUGCGCUGACCAUGGGGAGUAAGACGGCCAUUUAUCGCGUCACAAGCGGCGCUACACCCACAGCGAGUUUCGUGGUCGCGUUCCAAACGGACUUUGCAGCCACUGAUAGCUACCAGAACGCAGUCAAGUUCAGUCCAGAUGGCGGGACCAUCGCUACUGGUGGUGAAGAUGGCGUGGUCCGUCUGUGGACCCUCACGAUUCCCCCAUCCAAGUCGGAGGUCGACGUGGACAACAAGUACCGCAAAUCGUUCAAAGUGUCCGCUCCCGUCCUCCUGAACGGCCACAACGGAUGCAUCAACGGUCUGUCGUGGCAUGCUUCUGGCACCAAAGUGGUAUCCUGUGCCAAGGAUGGACAGUGCAUUGUGUGGACUCGCGUCGAGUCGACAUGGAAGAAGGCGGCGACGUUGGGGUUGGCGGGGGAAUUGGACGUCCAAAAGCCCGACAAACCUACCAACAAGGGCAAUUUCAUCUACCGAGGAUGCGCGUUUGUGCCGCGGCGAUUUCCUCUGCAUGCGUCAAAGAAGGACGACGAUGACGACGACGAAAUCGUGACCGUGCAGACGCCGGCGCGGGGGUCGUCGUACUUGACCAAGUGGUCUUGUGUCGUGGACGAUCAAGGGAAGGGCACGAUCGAGGAACUGACAUCCAUUGCAGUCAAAGACACCAUCGUGUGCUCCUUAGCCGUGAGGUUGGUGGACUCGUCUCUGUAGAUUGAGGACAUUCACGGAUGGAUGCAUGUAGUGCCAAGUACGUUGCAACUGGGUCCAGCGACGGACAAGUGCUUAUCCACCGCGUCGAUACAUUGGCCCACCUCAAGACCUUCGCCGCACACUUUUUGCCGUCCACGGGCCUUGCGUUCUUUCCUUUUGCCGCGUACUACCUACGAUUCAUACUUGCUGGAUGAGGCUGAUUGAUGUGUGUAGGGACGCUACCCGCGACCCGCUGGACUUUAUCGACGACUUGUCGCUCAUGUCUGCAUCUGCCGACUACUCUGUGUUCGUCAUUUCCGGCCUGCCACCUUCGUGGUACAUGUACUUGCUGGUGUUCGUCGGCUUGUUCCUGUACCUGAGCUACUUUGCCAACCUCGGCGAUUAUUAGAAAUAGCGAUAAUGCAGGCUCACACUAAUUGGGAGACCUUAAUUUAGUGUUGUAAACCUCAA